GUGGAGCGAAACAUUUUGUGAAACAAAAUACAACAGUGACCGCAGUCACCGCGAAUAAGCAACGAGUUUUUUCUCAGUGAAUUCAUUAAAUCUAGUCAGAAAUAUGUCUGAGGCUUUCUUUGACGAGUACGAUUACUACAACUUCGAGCACGACAAGCACAUUUUCUCCAGUCACAGCGGCAAACAGCGCACGAAGAAGGAGGUCAGUGAACACACCAACCACUUCGACCCGUCCGGACAUUCGAGAAAGAUCGUUAAGAAGUUGGCGAACACAGAGAACAAUAAAAAGGUCGUGAGUAAGAAUUAGAUGCUCUUUUGAAUUUGAAACGACUAUGGCUUGUGAAUGGGACGCUGAUUUAAUGCCGAGCGAACGGAGGAUAUUAUGGCGUAUACCCGAAGAACGCACGGGUCGCUCGCCGAUGAGAUCAGUGGAACAGCCGAAGCGGUUUUUGCUAACGCAAGGCUUCUACUACGGACACUACAAUGGAAGAAUGAGGUGGCGGAGCGCGCUUCGUAACCGCACCGGUGCACACCGAUGAGAAUCUAUUUUCAACCAACACCGUUCCAAUGACUUGAUCUCAACUCUCUGGGCUUGUUAUAGAGCUCGAACCACUGUGUUACUAAUUCCUAGGUAGAUUAUAUUACGUUAUUGUAUCAUUUCGGGGUACUCAAAUGACUGUAAUUAAUUUAAUUUAAGGUGAAUAAAUGUUAUUUAAUUUAAA